UUUCAGGGCCGGUCAGGCGGAUACGGAACCCUCGCACGCGGGCCUAGUUGUCAGGGGGGAAGGCUUUCUGGAAGGACGAAGGGGCGGCCACUUACAACCUGGCAGGAGAGGCGCUUCAGCCAUGGCGGUGGAUAUCACGUUGCUUUUCAAGGCCAGCGUGAAGACGGUGAAGACCAGGAACAAGGCGCUGGGGGUCCCGCUGGGCGGCAGUGACAGCCCCCGCGGGGACGACCUCCUUCUCCUCAAGCGAGGCAGCAGCUCCCGCCCCAAGACCGACUUCUCCGCCCGAGCCCGGGAAGUGGUUAACAACAUUGGGAAACUGAAAGAUUUUCUUCUGCAACACAGGAAAGAUUACAUUAAUGCCUACAGUCAUGUAAUGUCUGAAUAUGUACGAAUGACAGACACCGAGCGAGACCAGAUUGACCAAGAUGCCCAAAUAUUUAUGAGAACAUGCGCUGAUGCCAUUCAGCAACUCCGAGGAGAAGCACACAAGGACAUCCAUUCCCCACAAGUGAAGCAGCACAGAGAAGCUGUCUUGGAUUUCAUUGAGGAUUAUUUAAAAAGAGUGUGUAAGCUAUAUUCUGAACAAAGAGCUAUCCGGGUCAAACGAGUGGUUGAUAAAAAACGAUUAUCUAGACUUGAGCCUGAGCAGAGCAAUAAAUCCAAAGUAACAUCUUCUUUCGAAAGAACUCUUCAUGCAUCUUCAGAAGAAUCUGAGGAGAAACUGAUUUGUGAAGAAAACAAAGAUAAGAAUCUGAUAGAUGAGCAUGCUAAUUUUGGACUUUGGGGUGAUAGCAAAGGAGAAGAUGAACUUUCACCUGAAGAAAUCCAAAUGUUUGAGCAGGAAAACCAACGCCUUGUCAGUGAAAUGAACAGCCUGUUUGAUGAAGUGAGGCAAAUUGAAGGGAAGGUGGUUGAAAUUUCUAGACUUCAAGAGAUAUUCACAGAAAAAGUCUUACAACAGGAGACCGAAAUUGACAACAUCCAUCAAUUAGUUGUGGGUGCAACGGAGAACAUCAAGGAAGGCAAUGAAGACAUAAGAGAGGCAAUCAAGAAUAAUGCCGGCUUUCGUGUGUGGAUCCUCUUCUUCCUUGUUAUGUGUUCCUUUUCUUUGUUGUUCUUGGACUGGUAUGGUAGUUAACCCUGGCCUAAUCACUAUCCUCCUAUCCCCUUGACUGAUGUCUACUGAAGCAGUUUUCUUUACAAAACAAGAUACUGUAUAUUGUGUCACACGCAUCACCAUGAUGGAAAUAUCUUGAUCAGACACAUGUAUUGGUGUACACUCUUGUGACAAAUAUUUAACACUACUCAGGAAUGUGCUAAAACAAGUUAUAGCCUGAGAACUUUAAACCAUGUGAUUGAGCCAGCAGACUGAAGCUGAGCAAGUAGCUGGAAAAUGUGCCACAAGUUACUGCAACAGGAAGUUGUGAUCCAUUGUAGAGCUAGGACAACUGGUGAAAAGGUGUUGAAGGAAACUGUUACAGUACAUGAGUGGCAAUGGAAGAAACGCUAUAGGCCCAAGCUUUAAUUCCAUAGUUGCUUGGUAAAUAAAAAAAUUGUACAUAUGGAUUGCUAAUAUAAUUUGUUGCUUUACUCAAGAACCAAGGCAGCACUCCCCAACCUACUUUAUUGUGUGUAGAUCAUAGCAAGUCAUAACAUCUCAGCACUAAGCAAAGUUUACUUGUUGCAGGUUGGAAAAUGGUUGUGUGGAACAUAUACCGGAUAUUACUAUGUAAUAAAAUAAGAACUUGCAUAGCACAUUUUAUAGCAAAAAAAGUAGAAUGCCUUUUAAACAUGAACUUACCAACACUUAAACUAGUGGCCGACGUGAAGUUGUUCCCAGGGCACAGAACCCAUUGUGACCGUAUUGUAUUGUAAAGGAAAGGUUUGAUUGCCUCAGUCUUAUAGAUAUUAACAGCUGGCAUCUCAAUUUACGGCAAAAGUACCACAAAGUAAUCCAUAUUAUUUUAUCAUGACUAUGUAAAAUCAUCAUUGAACACAUUUUCCAAUGAGAGUUGUGUGUUAAACACUGACUGGACUCCUACCCAUUUUUUCUCUUCAAUAAUGCAAGUCAACAUAUUAAGUUUGAGGCAUCUUUGUACUUCUUGUUCUUUAUUUUACACAGAGUGAAAAUGUCAAAAGUUACAUGUGAAUUUACAUUCAAUAAAGUACAUGUCUACUAGGAAAUACAAACAUGGUAUAGUUUAAUAUGUUUAAAUGGGAUUGAACUUUUUAAAUGCAAAAAAAAUUUGGCACAUAGUUUAUUGCUUUUAUGCAUUCCACACAGCAAUGAUAACAUUACUAAAAAAUAUUUUACAACACGUAACUAUGUUCAGUAUUAAAAUUUCUAAAUGAAAAAGCAACUGGCAUUUUCUGAGCAGGUCUGAUAUUGAAAUGUAACCUGAAAGUGGAAUUGACCAUGUUUGUUCUACUACAGAUGUGGGAAGAAGAGAAGUUUUCACUUUUGUAAAGUGUGCAUCUACAAAAAUAAUGAAACUUUUGACAUGUCCACUAGGAAACAGCACAUUCAGAAGAUGAACAAAAAUGCUGACACUAGUCACCUAAUGUUUACCCAGUGGUAGCCAACCUUUCUGGCAAGUGUACCAAAGUCAAGUUCAGCAUCCGAGAUAGCCUUGCUCUAGUGCCAUUACAGUACAGAGGUAGCCUGCUCCCACUUAUACCUUGAGGUGGCUUUUAUAUCUAGUCCAUUGACCAGAGCCAGAAGACAGGCAGUAGUACAGCACUGGAGAAGUGGGCAAGAGUAAAGACCUGACUAAGCCACAGCCAGCUGGCCAAAGUCAUCCUGCUUCAGUCAAGGCAUGGCACGUCCCUGCUGUUUGUGCCACAGAUUGGCCACCAAUGCUCAAGCCAGGUUAAUGAAAUCACUGAUGUAAUGUAUCUUGAAAUAUGUAUAAAUAAUGCAUGUAACUGUUUAGAAAUUUGUCAACACAAAGCUUUAAAUCCAAACGUGCACCUACAAUUUUAGGCUCGUCUACAAUCCCUCUCCCCACCCCACACUACACCAAGAAGGCAUGUCUCUGAUUUCUGCCCCACCACCCCAAACACACACACCCAAUUUCAAAACUGCAGUGGGGGCAGAGAGAUCUAAUGCAUUUAAUGCACUUUCUCCCUUUACGCCUUGUCCUAUGUUUAUGUGAAAGUCCCAUUGAGUUCAUUGGAAUUGAUUUCCUGUUAUGUAUGUUUAGGAUUGCAGUCUUACUAAUUUAAAGAUUAGGAAAUGCCAAACAGUGCUGCUAACACAAAGCAUUUUGAAACAUAUAUAAAAAGAGAAACGUUUUAAUGUUGUACAAAAAGAGAAAAUUCUAACAAAAUUGCUCCUCCUUUCUUGUUGGACAAAUUACAUUGUGGGCUACAGCUACA